GUGCAUGCUUGCCGUCGCCGGAGUCACAGCAUAACCAGCGCCCCCGGUCUGCCUCGCCGAGCCCCGGGAUCAGCUGCCGAAAAUCAACGUCAACCGGAGCCCCGUCUCCUAAUCGGCCUCCGUGAUUCGCCGCCGUCUUCACCCAAGGCGCAUUUUUCUGAUUCGCCGGUCCCGAGCACCUUGCUGAUUCAAACCAGCCUUUCCUUCUCCCGUGAGCAUAAAUACCGGCCCAAAUUUUCCGCAGCUUCAACCUUUCUUCCCUCCUUCACACAACCCACAACCUGCUCGCAGUGGUGUCUUUCCGGAGUGCAACCGCAAAGCGUCAAAGGUGAGUGACCUCCUACCCUCCUGUGUUUGAGCACAGCGUCUGCGAGUAACUGAUUUUGUCUUAUGGCCUUGGCUUUGCCUCAGUCUGCUUCGUCUGCUUUGUCUGCUUCGUCUGCUUCGCCUGCUUCGUCUGCUCCGUCUCUGAUUCUGCAGUCCCUCUGGGUUCCGGAGAGUGAGAAUAAGGCCCUCUGCCUGCAGACAAGUGUUUUGGGGUGGAAGGAAGCCGAUUUCCCUCUCCCAGCGUGGGCAGUGGGCCUGAGAUGCAAGGACACAAACCCGGGCACCAUCACCUUUGUUGCAACCAUGGCCGCUCCUUCCCUUCCUUCCCACCCUCCACCCCCCCAAAGAUCAGCUCCCCCAUCUUUUUGGCUUCUUGUUCCUUGUCCUCCCUCCCCGAGUUCAACCGAUCAUCCCAUUCACACGCUGAACUCGAACCGAGAUCACCGAUCCUUGCUCCAGUUCUCCGUCAGGAAUACCAUCUUUCACCUGCCCAGAGAUCUCUCCGUCUUCCACAGCUUCAUCGUUCCUGUCAUACUUCUUUCCUGUCAUACCUCUUCUCUCUGUCACCUCGGUGUCAGACUUGAAAGUCGGUCCCAGAAAUCCCCAACUGUUGGCCCUCUUUUGCGUCUUACACCACGCGUUCCCUUGUUGACCGACCUGACCACCAACAAUUCUACCACCGCAAGGCAGAAGACUUAUCUCACAAGGCCAGCAGCAGGGUUACCAUCAUCAACCCGCUUCCACAGGACUUGACAUUCUUUUUCUUAAACCAAUAUCCAUUCUCUUAUCAUCUUUCCCUCGUGGAAGCAAGACCAUCACUUCAGCUUGACCAGAUCAAUCAAUCACCGAUUCAACAA